AUUGCUGCCUCUUCUGAGCUUGCUCCUGCGCUUUCAGGAUCCAGGUCACCUCGCCAGAGUGUCUCAGGCUGAAUUUGACAAAGCUGCUGAGGAGGGGAAGCGCCUCAAGUCUCAGCCAACGGAUGAAGAGAUGCUGCUCCUCUACAGCCACUUCAAACAAGCUACCAUGGGCGACGUAAAUAUAGAUCGGCCGGGGCUGUUGGACCUCAAGGGCAAAGCCAAGUGGGAUGCCUUGAACAAACUGAAAGGAACUUCCAAGGAAAAUGCCAUGAAGAUCUAUGUGGAGAAGGUAGAAGAGCUAAAGAAGAAAUAUGGGAUAUAAACGACCAGAUUUGGUGGCCAGCCGCAUGUGUCACAUAAUGCCUUAGGGUUUUGUUUUGUUUUGUUUUUUUCUAAUGUAGAUGAUAUGGUUCUGAU